UUGGUCACACUAAUUUUGGGGUUUGUUUUGAUUUUGUGGACUUGCAAUCUUUUGUCUUUGUUAAAUAAAUUAAAAGAUUUGUUGAAUUCAAUUAAUUGUGUUUUCUCAUGGAGCAGCAGCUAGAAAAAGUUCUCACUGAAAUAGUCUCCCAGCCAGACACGGUGGGUGCUCUAGUGACGAAUCGUCAGGGCUUGUGCUUAGCGGCCAAGGGUAAAAUAAAUCCAAAUGUAUCUGGCAUUGGUAUGGCCAUUUCGGAGCAGGUGGCCCAAUUGGAACCAAAUAACCCAAAACCUGCAACCAUUUGUCUAUAUAGUGGGAAUAAACGCUGCAUCAUUCAAAAGAAUCAUGAUCUGACGGGCGUAAUCUUUAAACAAAUACCAGGAGCCUCAAUCUCUGCAUCGGCAAUGCAGUGAUCCAUGUCAUCAUUAUCUUCGUUACAUACAUACAUAUAUCUUCCAGCAGGCGAGAACACAGCUUUCGGGGGUAUCUCCAUUGAGCUGGAGAUGCCCUCACAUACAUAUAUAUAUAUAUAUUUAGAUUUGCCAUA